UUUGCUAAUUAAAACUUAAACAGCACUGCGGUUCAGCAGUGAUGGCAUGCGCUCAGGAAGCCUGCUGAUGGGCUUCUCCACACUCAUUGGUAGAUUUAGGACCCCAGGGGAAGGCUGACAAACAGGGCUGCUGGGGCAGAGACAGUUUGCUGUCUUGGAGAGAUGAAAACGUAACUGUCUUAAAAGUCAGAGCCGUGGGAAAGAUACAGUCAUCUGGUGGCGAUGAACCGUAACGCACGGCGACGGGAAAGAAACUGCGCGACCAGAGAAACUCGACCUACACUCAACAUUUCCCUUCCUUGGGAGAACAGAUACGUAUCUCUAUCGCUCUUUCUCGCCCCCUCCCUCCACCCUCUCUCAUAGACUUUCUAAGAUACAGCGUCUGAAUUCAGAUGCGGUGCACUUCAAAGGCGAGCAUCAGCAUCACUACAGAGACUCUGGCUCGGAUAAAAUCGGAAGAGCGCGUUUUUCGUCCUCGGUUAUUUUCGAUUCAUCUAGUUGAUUAGACCCCCCCCCCCACACACACACUCCCCAUAUCACCCCAAUACACCAGUCGUCGGAAUUAUAGCUGCCUCCUUUACAGCUCUCCCCUUGGCUUCCCCUUUCUUCAAACCGAACAGAAUUGAUGUGUAUUUGCCGCAUGAGGACGUCCAAGCAUUGGAACUCAGUUGCUGGGGUUGCAGCCAUUCAGCCUGCCGCUUGCUCCGCGCCGGAGACAUGAAUCUACCAUAACGGAAUUCGCGUUCCUUGUCAAAAUCGGAUAAAUCAAAACUGUUUGUUUGCCGCCUCGUGGGGGUUAUAUUUCGUUUCUGCUGGUCAAUAACUGUCGUUAAGUGAAUAGCUGUUAUCGCCAUCGCUUCAAUUCCAAACUGGAGGAGUCGUGAUCAACGGGAAUGAAAUUGAGAAAAUCGUCCGCGGGUUGGAGGACGGGGCUGAGUUUAGGUCGGGAACUACGAGUCUAGAUAUUUCUAACUUUGUGCGCAAGACUUUCUCUUUCUAUAUGGACCGAUCAACAUCACUGGAUAUCGAGGCUCUGAAGAUGACCCAGGAGCAGUAUAUCCUGGCGGCCCAGCCCAACACCCUGAGCCAGCGAGUACACCAAGGUGCCCAGGCCUACCCGGUGGGUAUCUACGGCUGGAGGAAGCGCUGCCUCUACUUCUUCAUCCUCCUGCUCCUGGUCACCAUGAUCGUCAACCUGGCGCUCACCAUCUGGAUCCUCAAGGUCAUGAACUUCACCGUGGAUGGAAUGGGUAAUCUUCGUGUAACCAAAGAGGGGAUCAGGCUAGAGGGUGUUUCGGAGUUUCUGCUCCCUCUCUACGUGAAAGAAAUAGAAUCCAGAAGGGACAAUCCUCUGAUCCUGCAGUCAGACAGGAAUGUGACGGUGAACGCAAGAAACAACCUUGGUCAGCUAACAGGACAGCUCACUGUGGGCUCGGAGAUGGUGGAGGCCCAGUGUCAGAGGUUCGAGGUGAGGAGUCCUGACGGGGAGCGGGUGCUCUUCUCAGCUGACGAGAAGGAGAUCAGCAUCGGCACUGAGAAACUGAGGGUGACAGGGAACGAAGGUGUCGUCUUCGGACAUUCAGUGGAGACAUCCCACAUCAGAGCAGAACCUUUCCAGGAUCUCAAGCUGGAGUCUCCCACCAGGACCCUGAGUCUGGAGGCUCCCAGAGGGGUGGAGGUCAACGCCGGGGUGGGCGACUUCAAGGCCUCCUGCCGGAAAGACCUGUUGCUCCAGUCGUCAGAAGGAGAGAUCUUUUUAGAUUCCAACACAAUUCGUCUGGGGAACAUUCCUCACGGGACAGCGGCAGACCCGCUGCACGGGGCGCCGGGCACCACGUACCCCAAACAGACUGUGUACGAGCUGUGCGUGUGCCCAAGCGGCAAGCUCUACCUGUCCCCGGCUGAGAAGGGCUCCACCUGCCAGACGACCAGCAACGUGUGUCUGUGGAGCUGAGAGGGGGGGGGGCCAGCAGACCGCUGAACACCAGAAAGGCCUUCCCCUCAUUAGGAUCCCAGUCCAGGAUACCAGGACCCCAACAGACCCUGAUCCCUAUCCAUACUGUUCCCCAUCCAUACUGAUCCCCAUCAAUACUGAUCCCCAUCCAUACUGAUCCCCAUCCAUACUGAUCCCCAUCCAUACUGAUCCCCGUCCAUCGAUAGAUUUACUUUCUUUGACAGACAUUCUUCAUUUUCUUUCUUUCCCUGUGGUCACUCUCUCUUUCUCUCUUUCUCAUCUCUCUCUUUCUCUCUUUCUCAUCUCUCUCUUUCUCUCUUUCUCAUCUCUCUCUUUCUCAUCUCUCUCUUUCUCAUCUCUCUCUUUCUCAUCUCUCUCUUUCUCUCUUUCUCAUCUCUCUCUUUCUCAUCUCUCUAUUUCUCUCUUUCUCAUCUCUCUCUUUCUCAUCUCUCUCUUUCUCUCGUUCUCAUCUCUCUCUUUCUCUCGUUCUCAUCUCUCUCUUUCUCAUCUCUCUCUUUCUCUCUCUCAUCUCUCUAUUUCUCAUCUCUCUCUUUCUCUCGUUCUCAUCUCUCUCUUUCUCUCGUUCUCAUCUCUCUCUUUCUCAUCUCUCUCUUUCUCAUCUCUCUCUUUCUCAUCUCUCUAUUUCUCUCUUUCUCAUCUCUCUCUUUCUCAUCUCUCUCUUUCUCAUCUCUCUCUUUCUUUUUUCUCUUCUUCCUUCUUUCUUUGUAUUACUUUUCCUCUUCCUCUCUGUCAGUUGUUAUUUCUUUCUCUUACCCUCUCUGUCGUUCUCUCUCCUGCUCUCUUUCUCCUCCCUUCGUCAUCUCUCUCUCACAAUCCUCCCACACAAAGAAGAAAAAUCAGGAAUCCCUUGAAAAAUGAGGCUUGGGGAAAAAGCCCCUUCUUCCAAAAUUUUGAUGGAACAAAAAAACGAUAUAAAGUGACAAUUUGUUUUCUCCUUUUUUUUCUAUUUUUCUAUCGUUCUCAGAUGGGGAAUGAGUGUUGCGCCGCCGCCGGGCCGAACUUGAACCGAGAGAUUUGCGUGGACUGAUUUGUUUUUCUAAGAAAGCGAUACACAGGUGCCUUUGCUAUUGUUGGUAAAGCACAUCACCUCCAACGUUCUCAUCCUCUUCAAUGGACCAUCGUUAACUCACUGGAAAACUAACUGUCUUUGGCUCAAAGCCUUGUCCAAAUCUCUAUACAGACUUCAAGUACAGUUCUUUUUUUUUUCUUCUGAUGUUUUCUUGAUAAAAAAAAGCACAAAAUUAUGCCAUGUAUAUAACAAUACCAAUAAAAUGAAAAAUAAAACUAUAUUGUUUUAUAAACACAUCCUGAAUCUGGGAAUGCUCCAAGGUUGACUUUCUACUUUUUAAUUUGAAGUGCUAUGGUCAUGUGUAUGUUCUACAUUUUGAGGUUGUGGCCAAUUUCCCUGCUCUGAAAUCAUGGUCUAAUGUAACAUAUAAAGUAAUAUUACAACAAAGUGCAGUGAUUCUCCUUUGUCUGUCAGAGCUGAAUCACUAAUCACUAUCACUUAUUUUACCAGGUAAGUUGACACAACACAUUCUCAUUCACAGCAACGACGUGGGGAAUAGUUACAGGGGAGAGGAGUGAGGAUGAAUGAGCCAAUUUGAAGCUGGGGAUGAUUAGGUGGCCAUGAUGGUAUGAGGGACAGAUUGGGAAUCUAGCCAGGACACCAGGGUUAACACCCCUACUCUAUGAUAAGUGACAUGGGAUCUUUAAUGACCACAGAGAGCCAGGACACCCGUUUAACAUCCCGUCCAAAAUAUGGCACCUGACAUAGGGCAAUGUCCCCUUCACUGCCCUGGGGUAGCAUCACCAUGGAAAGUAUUCGACUACAAAUAAAAAUAUUUUAGGCUUUUAAUUUAUUGAACAAUACAGACUUACCAUAUAAGGUUGGUAUACCCAAUCUGAUAUUUAUUUGAUUAGGAUGAUAUACUCAUUUUACCCUCACAGGACUCCAGUACGUCCCACUUCUGCCACAUUAAGGUUCCCUCAUACAGCCUCCAUCCAAUCAGGAUGCCCUCUGACAGUAGCAACAGCAACGUUUGGCCAGUCUGGAAACAACAGUUGGGUUUGUUGUGAGAUGGGACUGGGGCCAGGAUUCAAACCAAAUGCGCCGACAUUGCACUACACUUGACUUUUAUUGAAGGUAAUUUCACUGACUUUCACAGAGAUCGUUUUUGCGGUAAACACAGCAGAUACCGGCUUAAACAUAAAUGACCUUUUUCAAGUCAAAUGUAGUGCGAUGUAGGAGCCUUGUGGUUUGUUUGAAUCCCCUUCCCAGUCUCUUUUGAGUCUUGGUCAAAAGUAAGGAAACUGGGGAGAGUUUAUAGUUCUGAUAUUUAACUAUCCAACUACAAACAAUAUGGACACAAUAUGUUAUUUAAGCAUUAAGUCAAUAUAUUGAUUAAAAAAAGCUAUUUAUUCAAAUUCACAUGUAUGUAAAUACACAACCACAUGUUUUAAUAAUGAUUUAAAGGUAUAUAUAAAUAUAUAUAUAUAUUUUCUUAGAUUUUAUGCAAUGUGUUUGUAAGAUUGUUGUAAAAUGGCAAUAUUAUCCAAUGACAAAAUGUGUUUUGAGUUUUAUUUCCUGUUGUACGCUAACUGUUUUCCUGCUUCCUUUGCAUCCCAACCAGACGGUUGAAGAUCUAGACAUAGAAACGUACAAGGUGACUCCGGUCAUAAGCCAUAGCCUUUGGUCGAUUCAUCAAGUGGUGGUAUGAGAAUAACGGUGGACAUAAUGAAACGUCU